UUCAAUGACAGAAAUUCAGUCGCGUUUUGUGCGCAGCGUGGGUAUAAUGUCGUGAGUGUCUCGUGUUGAGUUUCAUUACAUUUUAUCAUGUGAUUGAACGAAACUAGUAUAAAAUAGGAGUUUACUUUUAUUUCGUUAUAUGAAAUUGAUAAUGUGCAUAUACGUAUAAAUUAGAUCGAAGAAAGGAAUAACGCAUGUUUGAUAGAGCAUCUCGGCAGAAGUAUGUGACUUUGAACACGUACGAAGACGUCGUUUAUCAGGCAAAGAAUUAAAAUUGCAUUGCAAUGACUUAGUAUAUCAGGAGGCAGUUGCGAAAGUAUGACGUAAUACAAUUGAACCAAUAGUUUACAGAGUUUGACUAAAUCUCGAAAAUAUAGUUCCGGACUAACCUCUUUUUAAACAUUUUCUGUUGGAUGCUGAUAUAAACGUUUAUUAACAGUGAUCAGUUUUUAAGACGAUUUUAAAUUUGUUUACAAGAUUCGAAGAAUCGACAUUUAUUAUAUUGUUGAUCAAUUAAGCGGCAUACAAGAUGGCGGUCUUCCGGGAAUUCAAUGAGAAAAUACCUCGAAGAGGAAUCUUAGGAGCAAUGAUGUUUUUAGCUUGCAUGUUUUCUUACAUGAUCCGCACAAAUUUAUCCAUUAAUAUUGUUGCCAUGGUAAAUACAACCAAAGAAGGUGACAAGGGUGGUCCAGCGUGUAAUUAUGAGGGAGUCGGCAAUGUUAGUCAUCAAGCUGCAGUGCUUAAAGAUUACGGCGAACGAUACGAAUGGAAUCAGCAUGUACAAGGUCUUUUACUUUCCGGCUAUUUUUAUGGAGUCCUACCGGCAAGUGUACCUGGUGGCCUUUUAGCUGAAAAAUAUGGCGGUUCUAAAGUAGUAGCAUUUGCAACUUUAAUACCCGCCGUAUUAAAUCUUCUGAUGCCGUGGGCCGCUGGCAUUCAUUACGGUUUCGUAUUCGUUCUUCGUUUUUUGAUGGGUUUCUUUGGAGGGGCCGUUUAUCCUGCUCUUCACGCAAUGAUCGCUAGAUGGGUUCCUCCUAGCGAAAAGGGCAUGUUCGUAUGGACGAUGCAAGGUGGUCCUUUUGGAACGGUAGUAACAUUCACUUUAUGCGGCCAAAUAAUUAGCGCUUACGGCUGGAAGGCUGCGUAUUAUGUUACAAGUGGACUUAUACUGGUUUUCUAUGCCUUAUGGGUUUACCUUAUAUACGACACACCCGAUGUCCAUCCCGGAAUUACUGAAAAAGAGAAAGCUUACAUCAAAGAGCAAAUAGGUACAACUGUCUCUAAACAAAAGGUGAAAUUGCCUGUGAAAGCUGUCGCUACUUCGGUACCAUUUAUAGUUUUACUCUGGGCGCAUUUUGCAAAUAUGUGGGGUAUCUAUUUCAUUGCUACCAAUGGACCAAAAUACACUUUGGAAGUUCUUGGCUUUAACAUGAAAUCGGGAGGACCAAUUACUGGUUUACCUUAUAUCGCUCGACUCGGUGCUGGAGUAUUGUUUGCCGCAGCUGGUGAUUAUGUCCGAAGGAGGAAUUUCUUGUCUUUAGGAUGGAUUCGAAGAAUCUUUAUGAUAUUCUCACACAUGGGCCCGGCUGUUUGCUUAGUAAUAAUGACAUACGCUGGAUGCGAUGCAAUAACUGCAAUUGUUAUGUUAAUAUUAGCAUUGACCUUCAAUGGUGCUGCGUGUCAAACUAGUUUACAGAAUCACCAAGAUCUUGCACCAAACUUUGCUGGCUCCUUGUAUGGAAUCAUGAACACCUUUGGCAGCUUUCCUGGAUUUAUUAUUCCACCGAUAAUUGGUGCUUUAACAAAUGAAAGGAAUACGGUUGAAGAAUGGCGUAUUAUGUUCUGGAUCUCGGCAGUGGUAUUUACAUCUGCAACGAUACUCUUUUGGUUGUUUGGUUCCACGGAUAUACAACCGUGGAAUGACUUAAGUCAAGACAAAAGAUUGUCUAUCACUGAUGAAGAAAAACAAAUGACUGAAAUGUCUUCUACAAAAUUGCAAACAGGAGAAGAAGAAGAAGAAGAGGAAGAAGAAAACGUACGUCUGUAAUUUCUACAAUUUGCGCCUUAUAAGAUGGCACAUAAACUAUGAAUUCGUUAUUCAAAGUGUAUUUUCUAUACAUUUGAAUUUCAUUUUUUUUUAUCUACAUAUUUGAUAUUCGAAUUUUUAAGCUCUGAGUAAAAUGGCUGACAGUGCGUGUAAUAGCAU